AGCGGCGCCGGUCCUGUGUGCAGGUGCCCCGUGCGGCACAGUUUCUUGGCCAUCGGCUGCUCUCACCACAGCAUCAGGACGAGUCCCGUGCGUGUCCAUCCGCGGAGGUCUUUCUCUUCUCGCUCGGCUGCGGGAAAUCGAAGCGACUGAGUCCGCCAUGGAGAGAGAAAAGGAACAGUUCCAUAAGCUCUUUCUUGGUGGCUUAAGCUUUGAAACCACAGAAGAAAGUUUGAGAAACUACUACGAGCGAUGGGGAAAGCUUACAGACUGUGUGGUUAUGAGGGAUCCUGCAAGCAAAAGAUCAAGAGGAUUUGGCUUUGUAACUUUCUCGUCCAUGGCUGAGGUUGAUGCUGCCAUGGCUGCAAGGCCUCAUUCCAUUGGCAGGGUGGUUGAGCCAAAACGUGCCGUGGCAAGAGAGGAGUCUAGAAAACCAGGAGCCCAUGUGACUGUGAAGAAACUGUUCAUUGUUGGAAUUAAGGAAGAUACUGAGGAGCAUCACCUUAGAGAUUACUUUGAAGAAUAUGGAAAAAUUGAUAAUGUUGAAAUAAUUACUGAUAGGCAGUCUGGAAAGAAAAGGGGCUUUGGCUUUGUUACUUUUGAUGACCAUGAUCCGGUGGAUAAAAUUGUCCUGCAGAAAUAUCACACCAUAAAUGGUCACAAUGCAGAAGUUAGAAAGGCAUUGUCUAGACAAGAAAUGCAGGAGGACCUGGAGGUGGCAAUUUUGGAGGUAACCCUGGUUAUUAUGGAGGAGGAAGAGGAGGAUAUGGUGGUGGAGGACCUGGAUAUGGCAACCAGGGUGGGGGCUACAGAGGUGGUUAUGACAACUAUGGAGGAGGAAAUUAUGGAAGUGGAAAUCACAAUGAUUUUGGAAAUCAUAACCAGCAACCAUCUAACUGUGGUCCAAUGA